CCCUGAAAGGUCCACCAGUCCACACCACUGAUCAUCAUAGCACAAACGCCGCCGUCGAGGCGAGUCCAAUCGAGAAGAAGGGAGGAAAGGCAAUCGGAGAAGAGGAGGAUGGGCUUCGAGAAGCAGAUCCUGAAAGCCGGCACCGGCCCCACGCCGGUCAAGGGCCAGAAGGUCACCGUCCACUGCACCGGCUUCGGAAAGGAUGGUGAUCUCUCUAAGAAGUUUUGGAGCACAAAGGACCCAGGCCAGGAACCAUUUAGUUUCAAUAUCGGCCAGGGCUCAGUGAUCAAAGGAUGGGACGAGGGAGUUAUGACCAUGCAAUUGGGUGAAGUUGCUCGUAUUCAGUGCACCCCGGAUUAUGCAUAUGGAGCUGGCGGGUUUCCGGCCUGGGGAAUUCGACCAAACUCGGUGCUGAUAUUCGAGAUCGAGGUUCUUAGCGCCCAGUAAACGCGUCAUGUCAUUCUGGAUGGUUCUGAAAUGCCAUGCUCUUCUGAAAUAAUUGUAACGUCACAACCCUACUGAGUGCUAUACUGGAGUGAUGCUCUAUUCUAUCUUCAGCGAGUUAAUCGUUGCCACUGUGACACUGGCUGUCUGUGAACAUGAUAAUAAGUUUUAUUCUGUA